AUGCAACUAACAUUCAAAGAGUUGGAUAAAGACAUUGCCGUGCGCAUCGAUGCGCUCUUUCCGAAAAAGGAGUGCUUCAUUGAGGUGCUGCCCGGCCAUGUGGUGCUGCCACGUAAAUUUAUGAACAUUUCGGAGUCGAUACGCGAUUUGCCCAUCUAUGAGGACGAUGUGUGGAUGAUCUCAUAUCCGCGUACUGGCUCAACGUGGGCACAAGAAAUGAUUUGGUUACUCGGCAAUAAAUUGGAUUUCGAGGGCGCAAAGCAGAUGCAACAGUUACGUUCGCCAUUGAUUGAGCUGUCAGCGCUGUUCAGCGAGGAUCAUCAUGAGUGGGUCACCAACUCAAUUGGUAAUACCGUUAAUGUCGUGCGCGAUAUGCCACGUCCACGAUUUGGUCGUUCGCAUCUUACAUUGGAUUUACUGCCGCGCGGAUUUGAAACUGUCAAACCGAAAAUCAUAUACACCGCGCGCAAUCCCAAGGACCUGUGCGUCUCCUUCUACUACUACUGUAAGUUGGUGCAUGGUUUGAAAGGGCCCUUCGAUGAUUUCUUAGACCUCUUUCUGGAUGAACGUUCGCCCAUGGGUUCCUACUGGAAUCAUGUCUUGCCCUUCUGGCAUCGCCGAAAUGAGCCCAAUAUCUUAUUUUUGAAGUACGAGGAUAUGAAACGCGAUUUGCCAAAAAUUGUGCGUCGUUGUGCUGAAUUUCUCGAUAUCGACUAUCAACUCACCGACGAGGAUUUGACACGGAUUUGUGAACAUCUGAAAUUUGAUAAAAUGCAGAUGAAUCCUGCGGUGAAUUUGGAGCCUUUGUUGAAGAAUGUCGCCGAUGGGCAAAACAAUAACUCCGAAAAUGUUAAUAAUGGCGAGAGAAGUAAAUUCAUUCGGAAGGGUGAAAUCGGCGAUUGGCGAAAUUAUUUUUCAACGGAUGCAACAAAGCGCUUCGAUGAGUGGAUUGAGAGAAAUUGCAAGGGGAGUGAGCUGGUUUUUGAGUAUCAGUAACUUAAGUGGAAUUGUGUGCAAUAAAUGCGUUAAUAUUUAUAUAAAUUUAC